AUGACAGCUGCGAAGAGUUUCGCUAAUCGCAGCAACCCCACGCUGGCGCAGGUUAUCGAACUCUCCCUCCACGAAAACCUUCUCAAAGAGCGGUCCGACAUACAACAACAAUGUGAGAGCGGAGGAUCUAGCAGGUCCCAUGGUCGAACUGGCAAACAGCCCAGCAUACGCAGAGCGCAGUCCCGCGAGACCGAGAUCAGAAACCCCAAAACCCACCGAGAAGAGCUCUACAAGGUCAAAAGAGAGCGAGAACACACCGCCUUCAUCGAACAUGCUAGCGCUGCAGUCAUGGAUGGGGAGAGACACAAAGCAUGA